AUGGAUUCGGUCCCGCGGGACAUCCCAGGGUAUUACUAUGAUGCGGAGAAGAACAAGUAUUUCAAAAUCCAAGCAAAUCACACUGCACCAUUAGGAUCGAAGUAUUCUAGGGAUGUCAUAAAACAAAGGGAGCAGACAGCUCUGAGACGAAAGAGAAUAGAAGAUCACUCCCGGCGAGUGUCGACAGAGACUAUCAAAAGGUCAAACAUGCUACAUUAUCCGCUGGGUGGCAAAUUGCUGCAGCGGGAGUGUGGCACACUACCCACGUCGAGGAGUUUUGUUUCUGAAAACUGUGCAGCCGAAUCGCUUGGUCGAUGUAACGAGCCUGGAUGUCCUAUUUCCCGUGGCGAGGUUCGCCAGAGACCCUUGGACUGGGACUCUCCUGGUUGGUCUUAUCUCCCCAAGAAACAAAAUCGACCCUGGCAGUACAAAUCGCAUCAGAGACAGUGCAAUCGGGUAAUGAUUGGGCAUGAUUGGGCCCAACUGGCUGGCUUCUCCACCCGACUCCCAUUAUUUGAAAACAUCCAGCCUGCUCCUAGAAUCACACUAACAAUAUCUCCGUCAAAAGUUUCUGGAACCAGAUUUUACUAUAAUGGUUCAAUGAUAAGGUGUUCCGCCGCGUGCCCAAGCCUAACGGAUAGCAUAUUCGUAGUUAGCAACUCGAGUGACCUGUUACUCAUCACUCGGACCGAAUCAACCUGGGCAGCCAAAGACGUCAAGCUGCCGAAUACUGCUGAUGUCAUGUCUGUGGAGUGGCUGACACCUCGAGUGGUCAUCGCCGGGAUGAAUAACUCUCUGGUCCAGUUCUUUGAUCUGCGUUCUCAGGAUACUGUAUCGAGACUCCAGCAUCCACAUGGUGUAUACAAAAUUCGGAAGGUGGAUGAGUGGAGAAUUGUGGUGGCAGGAGCGAAGAAAAAUCUACACAUGUAUGAUCUCCGCUAUGCCUCAAGCGGCAUCGCAAGGCAUCCUCAGCCCAACAAACCCAAUCACACCUCGACGAAGCCCUAUAUCUCAUUCCACGAAUACGAAAACGACCACAUAUCCCAUGACGAGCUAGAUGUCAGCCCCGAAAUCGGUCUUCUCGCAUGUACUUCUCCUUCCAAGAGGAUCCAGCUUUUCUCCCUCAGCACUGGCAAACUUAUCAUGCCUCCACCCCUAGUUUCUUCCCAUUCCUCUUGCCUAUCAUCCACCCCAAACACACCACUGUCAAUACCAUCAAGCCGCAUCCAACUACAAGCACACCAGGGCGGGGUCGCCGAAGUUCCCAAUCCCAAUCGCGCAGAUACACCCAUAACCUACUACCAGUAUCAAGACCCGAUUACCUGUCUCCGUUUUGAGAAUCUGAAGGAGGUGCCAACGGCAAAUGGUGCGGGGAAUACGGGAAAGCCGAGUUUAUAUAUCAACAUUUCGAAAUCGGACCCAGGAGUUGGUGAGAGCAAGGGCCUUGGUGCGUAA